AAGCCACAACGUGGUUUGUUUGCCGACAGUCAGAGCUGCAACAUUUCACAGGUUCAUUUAUCAGAGACGCUGACCACCAGAUAUGACCACAGAAACCAUGCAGGCGGAUGAUUAUUUUUAUGAAUUUUUCGACACUGUUUCCAAUUCGACAGACAUCUCGUACGUCCAAAAGGGUGAUGUUCUUUUAUGUGAAAAAACUGAAGUAAAUCAAUUCGGUGCAAGGGUUCUCCCGACGUUUUACUGCAUAAAUUUCAUCCUAAGCUUGAUUGGAAACGGACUGGUGCUGUGUAUCAUCUACAAGUAUGAAAAGCUAAGCACGGUCACCAACAUAUUCCUGCUCAACCUGGUCAUCUCGGACCUGCUCUUCGCCUUCAGUUUGCCGUUUUGGGCCGUGUACCACCACUCCGAAUGGAUCUUCGGCAGUGCCCUCUGCAAGCUGGUGGGAAGCUUGUAUUCCAUCGGCUUCAACAGCUCCGUCCUCUUCCUCACGCUCAUGACCUUCGACCGCUACCUCGCCGUGGUCCAUGCCAUCACGGCAACCCGGAGCAGGAAGACCAUGUAUGCGUUUGCAUCGUCCGCUGUAAUCUGGUUUAUCAGUAUAUUGGCGAGCGUAAAAGAUAUGGUUCUUUUCGACGUGCAGCCUGGCAACCAAAGCAUGAUGCUGUGUGAAAUGACCGGUUAUCACCACAACAUCAUGAAAAAGUGGCAGCUGAUCGGCCACUAUCAGCAGUUCCUGCUUUUCUUCACGGUGCCUCUGGCUAUGGUCCUGUACUGCUACAUUCGCAUCAGCAUCAGGAUCAUGUCCACCCGCAUGAGAGAAAAGUGCAGGGCCGUCAAACUCAUCUUUAUCAUCGUUUUAAUCUUCUGCGUCUGCUGGACGCCGUACAACGUGGUCAUCCUGCUACAAGCCAUCGAAAUGUCCAACGGAGACCAAAAGCAAUGCUCGGACACUCUUGACUAUGCACUGUACAUGUCACGAAAUUUUGCCUACUUGUACUGCUGCAUCAGUCCCGUCUUCUAUACGUUCUUGGGGAAGAAAUUUCAAACCCACUUUCUGAAACUUUUGGCCAAGCGUAUACCUUGUCUGAACAUAACCAUCGUGACGCCAACACAAAGCAGUAAAACCACAUCAUUCAGAACCCCGAACACCGUGACUGAACACUGAAUAUUCAGUAGAUGGGACUCUGUUCUUGUUUGAUGACUUUUGAAUGAAUUUGUCAUUCAGAAAAUGAAAAAAGGAACAGAUAGGGUUAUGAAGAAAGGACUUAAGAAACUGAAUGUUGUCUGUACAUAAUUCAUUACUCAUUGAACAUGCAGUUUAUGUGUAUUAUCAUGCAAUUUCUAAGAAUGUAUUUUGUGCUCAAGAGUCAGAUUUAUCUACAUUGUAAAAAGUGAAAAGUUGGGUUAACUUCAAAUUUAUGUUAAAAAAACUUGAUUUUUUUAAGUUUUACAAACUGAACAAAUUGUUUAAGUUGAUCAAACUUUUCACUUUUUACAGUGUAGAGACAUUAAAAGGAUUUUAUGAGCUCAUUUUGAUAUCCAUAUAUGUAAAUAUUCAUUUGCACAUAUUCUGUUGUCUGUCAUCAAUCCUAUACUUUUUUUUUUCAAAUUUUACCACUUCUAAUGUAAGAUUGUUAUUGCAACAUAAUAUGCAUUGUCUUACUCAGGGCUCUCCAACCUUUUUGUGAUCAAGGGCUACCACAAUGGAUAAAACAAAAUCUGGAGGGCUACUUUUUGAUAUAGUCUACUCAAAGUUGAUUGUAUUUGAUUUUACUUGUUGAUAUGUUUUAUCAUUGUUUAAAAUGUUAACAUGCAUAAAAGAAGCCGAGCUUAUAUAAAAAUGGUAAUAAAUAAAUGUUAAAAUUGAAUCUAUUUGUAGAAUGUGCUUUGUCUGCCAACC